AACAAAAUUCCUAAUUAGCUAGUGAGGGGGGAAUGUGUAAAAGUUCUGAAAUUUAGGGGCAAAAAGAAAAGAGGGGGAAUGUGUAAAAGGUCAGAAAUUUAGGGGCAAAACUAAGAAAAUGAGAGAGAGAGAGAGAGAGAGAGAGAGAGAGAGAGAGAGAGAGAGAGGGAGAUUUAUUGAGAGGAAAAUCCGCUGUUGGAAUAGCCCACUGGAAAGGGAAGCAUGGCCCCUGGUUUUCUCUCCCGAAAAACCAACUGUAUUUUGCUUUCAGCUAACCCUAGGUCUUGUAUUUGUCCCCCUUUAUACCCCCUUCUCACAAUCCUCACCCACCAUCAUCAACAGAGAUACCAAAUUUCACAUCUUUGUCUUCUUUUUACUAUCUCUUCUACAUCUGUACAAAACCCUACUAGAAAACGGUACCCCCCUUAUCUCUCUAACUCUCUCUAUACUCAACCUUUCUCUCUCUAUAUUUUUCUUCCCCUGGCUAUUACCGGGUUGUUUCGAGCUUUUGUUUCGUACCCCAGAUAGGAAUUUGAAAUUUUUGUUCGUUUUCUAGUUGCCCCACCCACCAAUCGUAAUUUUCUCGGGAAAAUCCUGGGUUUUUGUUAUUUUUAGGGGGUCAAUACCUGAGAUCGUUAAUUUUGUAUUGGGUUUUUUCUUCAUUUUAAUUAAUUAAGGAAAGAACAGAGAAACAAAGUAAUUAAAGCUGGAAUUUUGAGUGUGAAUGGGGAUUGAGACGGCUCUGGCUGAUCGGAAAGGAAAGGACUUUUGUGAAUUGCCGAAAGUGACGAAUUCAAAUAACAAAACCAGGAAGAGCCGGCGGAGACAGAAGAAGAUGUCGCCGGUUCAGAAGCUAUUCGAGACUUGCAAGGAAGUUUUUGCCUCUGCUUCAACUGGGAUUGUUCCUCCUUCUGAAGAUAUUCAACGCCUUCGUUCUGUUUUGGAUGAUAUGAAACCUGAGGAUGUUGGCCUGACUCCAGAGUUGCUUUAUUUCAAUCCCUUGUUAAGAAGCAGAACACCAGCAAUUACUUACCUUCACCUCUAUGAGUGCGAAAACUUCUCUAUGGGGAUAUUUUGCUUGCCGCCAUCGGGUGUCAUUCCUCUCCACAAUCACCCUGGAAUGACAGUUUUUAGCAAGCUCUUAUUUGGGACAAUGCACAUCAAAUCGUACGACUGGGUGGAUGAUGGUCCUAGUAACACAUCGGCGGUGGCCAAUGGGGAUUCUGCACCAGACACCACUCCUAAUGCCCAGUUGGCAAAAAUCAAGGUUGACUCCGACUUCACCGCCCCUUGCAACGCUUCCAUUCUCUAUCCAGCCGAUGGAGGCAACAUGCAUCGCUUCACAGCAGUGACUGCGUGUGCUGUGCUAGACGUACUCGGUCCCCCAUAUUCCGACCCUGAUGGCCGACACUGCACGUACUACCAUGAUUUCCCAUUUUCAGAGUUUUCAGUUGAAGGAGUAAAAUUGCCAGAAGGGGAAGAAGAGCAGAAGGAAAAUUACGCAUGGCUGCAAGAGAGGAUUUUACCUGAAGGCUUAGCCGUCCGUGGAGCACCGUACACAGGCCCAAAGAUAGUCGAGUAAUGAGAACUGUAUCACCCCCACAUUUCUACAUCAUCGAUUUCCAUCACCUAGAAAAUAUCCCAAUACCUUCUUGUCCAACCAUCUACAUAUCUUGAAAUUUCCUUAGUUCUUUCUGUUUUUUCCUUUCCUCUUCUUUGUGGGACAUGAAGCAUUACUCAUUGGGUUGUUCUUUCUCCUUUUUUUCUCCCCCACUCUACAGUCAUUGUACAUACUCAGAAAAAAGAAAGAAAAAAGAAAAUGAGUAAGCGUUAUAGCUAAUAGUUGCACAUCAGCAAGAGUAUGAAAGUGCAUUGAGACUGUUUUUUAAUUUGCUUAUUUUCAAGUCAGCUUCAUUGUUACUCGAAAGGGAUACUAAUUCUUUUUCGUACAUACUCUAUAAUGGAAAAAAGAGAGAAAAAAAAGGGUAUUAAAGGAGUGUCUAUUGUACUUCUCUGAUUUGUAUGAAGAUCAUAUUCCAAAGUCAAAAA